UAAGGCGGAUAACUAAUAGCGACCCUAACUAAGUGCAGCUUUUCUUCGGUCGUCGAUUGGGAGAUCUGCAAAAUCCCCUAGACCAAGACCCUGCUCCAUUCAAUUCACCUACUCUUUACGUCUAUUUCACGAUCGCAACGCCCGACGACUCUUGGUUAUAAAUACCUGGCGAGUCAACCAGCCUUGGCCAGAAAUCUUUUUCUCGUCAGGCAAGCAGGUCUCUAGCUGUCAUCUCCGGGCUAGCUUCUUUCUUCUAGACAUAUAUCUAUCACUUUCACUUUCUUUUUCGCUGUAUCCAUUCGCUUUUUUUCAAAACCACAUUUUUUGGCAUUGUAUAUUUCAGCCAUAUAGCAUAUCACAGAUAUAGUCAAAAUGGUUGGAUCAGCUAGCACCAUCGCCAUCGCGGCCGCCGUCGCCGGUCUCGCAACCGCAACCCCGGUACGAACCAAGGUCGGCACUUUCUCCGUCCCUCAGGUCAAGAACCCCGGCUUCAAGCCGCACGGUCCCGCCCAGCUCGCCAAAGCUUACCUCAAGUACGGCGUCAAGCUACCUGAGGGUCUUGCUAAGACCGUGUCCGACUUGAAGAUCCUUCGACGUGACAGCGGCAGUGCUAAGACUACUCCGGAGGAGAAUGACAUUCAGUACUUGACGCCCGUCUCAAUUGGCACCCCGGCCCAAACACUCAACCUGGACUUUGACUCGGGUUCAUCCGACCUCUGGGUUUUCAGCACCGAGCUGCCGGCCGGCUCUGUCAACGGACAGACCCAGUACGACGCAAGCAAGAGCAGCACCGCUAAGAAGCUCAGCGGCGCUUCUUGGGACAUCUCCUACGGCGACGGCAGCUCGUCAAGCGGUGAUGUCUACACAGACACGGUCACCGUCGGUGGCGUUACAUUCAAGAGCCAGGCCGUCGAAGCUGCCAAGCAGGUUUCCGACCAAUUCCAGACCGACUCCAACAACGACGGUCUGCUAGGUCUUGCAUUCAGCAGCAUCAACACUGUUACGCCCACAGCCCAGAAGACUUUCUUCGACAACAUCGCAUCCAGCCUAGACACUGCAGCCUGGACUGCUGACCUCAAGUACCACGAGGCUGGUACUUACGACUUCGGUGUUAUUGACAGCUCCAAGUACACCGGUGACAUCACCUACACUGAUGUUGACUCGAGCCAAGGCUUCUGGAGCUUCACAGCUACCAGCGCCAGCGUCGGCUCUGGACGCAACAACACCGUCCUUAAGGCGUCCGGCUUCUCCGGUAUUGCCGACACCGGUACCACCCUUGCUCUUUUCCCUGACUCGGUUGUCACCGCCUACUACAAGCAGGUGACAGGUGCCAAGCUGGACAACACGCAAGGUGGAUACGUAUUCCCGUGCACCACUACCCCUCCCGACUUCACCUUCGGUGUUGAGGACGCCACCAUUACGAUCCCCGGCAAGUACAUCAACUACGCCCCCGUCGACGAAUCCGGCUCCUCCUGCUUCGGUGGUAUCCAGACCGACGAGGGUAUUGGCUUCUCCAUCUUCGGUGACGUCGCCCUCAAGGCUGCCUUCGUCGUCUUCGACAACUCCAAGGGCACCCCCAGACUCGGCUGGGCCGCUAAGAGCUCGUAAAUUGAUGAUACGCGACGCGAUCCCCGGAGGAUUCCACCUACCUAGGACGCGCGCUGGGAAAUAUUCGCGCGCUACUUGAAUUGUAUGAAUGUAUAGAUGAGGGACUAGGCUGGGGGAUGAUUGAUAGAUGAGACUUGUAUAUGAUUGAGGGGGUGGAUGCAGUAAUUUGCAUGUCACUUUCUUGGGUGGUAAUGAAUUCUAUUGGAGCCUUUCAUGUUCAACCUGAUAGCUUCGUAUAUAUUUAACAAUUGUCAAUUACUCCGAGC